AGUGCGCCGGAGGCCCAGCCGCUCCGCCCCGAGGAGGGCCCCGUGCAAAGGAGCUGCUCGGCUGCCUCUCUCCCUCCUCCUCCUCCUCCUCCUCCUCCUCCUCCUCCUCUUUCUCCUUCUCCUCCUCCUGGACCUGGAGCAGCUUGCAUCUGGGUUUUGGCACCAGGGCGCGCGCGCACACACCCACACUCUCCAAACAAACGCACCCAACACACCCCAAACGCACCCAUACUCUCCAAACGCACCCACACACCCCAAACACACCCCGACUCUCCAAGCGCACCCCGACUCUCCAAGCGCACCCCCACUCUCCAAACGCACCCACACCCCCCCAAACGCACCCACACUCUCCAAACGCACCCCCACCCUGCACACACACGCUCUCUUUCGGUCCCACUGACUCCCCACUCCUCUCUGGAUCUCCCCCUCGCCUGCAAGGCUCUUCCCUCUGCAGCCCAGCUCCGGGCGCCGGUCCCAGGCUUCCCAGCCCCCCAGCAGCAGGAGGAACAUGAAUCCGCGGCUCUGGAUGCUGGCUCUCCUCCUGCUCUGGGUCACCUUGACCGCAGUCUGUGGAGGGCCACUGCCCGAGGCUUCUGAUGGAAGAGAACUGGAGGAGGGGCACAUCCGCCACCUGGUGCAACCAAAGACCAUGAGGAAUGGCGUGGGACCCCGGCAGGGAGGUCGGAGGAAGUUCCGCCGACCCAGACCCCGGCUCUCACACAAGGGGCCGAUGCCUUUCUGAGCAGGGCCAGUGAGGGGACAAGGAUCUGCCCCAUCCCACCACCCGCAUCUUUGUUUGACAGACUGAUUCGCUUGUCUUCGGGUCCUGAGUUUGGGGCUCGUUCCUGCUGAUGUGUCCAGGCUAUUCCCACCUGCCAACCUCCCCAUGUGGCUGCUCAAGACUGAGUGAUCCUGCAUCCGGUUCGGCUUUCCUGGAUCCAUCCUCUAUGCCUUCUCCCUGCCUUCAUCGUUCCUUCCCUGUUUUCUAUCUUCCCCAUUCUUCUCCAGCCUCCUCCCACAAUACCCUCUUCACUAUGUGCCCCCAUCUCCCGCUAACCCCAGUUUGAGAAGUCGUCUCUCAGCACCAUGUAUCCCGAAGCAGCUGUGUCUUUUGUCUCCCCGGAUUCUCUCCCCAAAUGUCCCUGAGCUUGCUUGGGUCAGAUCGGCUGGUGGAGAUGGGGCUGAAAGGGGAAUCCAGGCCUCAGAAGACUGCUUGCUUGGGGAAGGAGUUGCUGGAUAGGGAGUCUCUGGGAUCCCUUGGGGGGAAUUGGGUGGGGAAGCUGUGCCUUGGGGUGAAGACUGAUUGAUUUGGGUUUAUCAAUUGGUGGGGGGGAGCGAGGGGACGUUGGCUCUACCCGGAAAAGCCGCUGACAUGAAGAGUCUACCUGUCCUUGGUGUCUGGCCUAAACCUUGGAUCUCUCUCCUCAAGGUGUGUGAGCUGGGCACAGCCAAAGGAACAGCUGUGUCCUUGCUCAUCUGAGGGUGAGGGGUGUGAUGAGGAGGUGAGAACACAGCUUGAACGAGAAGCACUUUGUCAUAUGGGGCUGUUCCUCUUUGUCUGGGGGAAAUGCCCCUGUCUCCCCUUGCCUUUAUGUUGUAUGUUUCCUCUUCCCCUCUCCCCUUUAGAAAUUUAAAAAAAGAUAAGAAGAUAUAUAUAUAAGUACAUAUAUAUAGAAAGUCGAAGAAAGUUAUUUUUGUUAAGAUAAUGGAUUUGGGGGGUGUUUAUUUAUUCUCUAGGUGCUGAAACCUCCUAAGAUCUUGGAUUUAAAAGUUUAGAAAACUGAAAUUCCUUCUCUCUGCCAUCUGGAGCUGCCCAGUCCUUAGUCUUGCCUCAUCCUCCUGCUCCAAGCCCAGCCCAUGACCGUGGGCACCUGGGGUGUCCAGAGAGGCCUCAGUCCCAGAAUUCUUUCUUUGGUCUUCCCUGUGCCAAAAGGGCAUGUUGCAGGGUGGGAGUUUUCCAGGUGAUCCCCAUUCCCCAUGAGGUCCAUUUUGGAGACCUGGCAGGGAGGACAUGUGCUUAUCCCUGACCUUUCUUGAGGCAAGAAACCAGACAUCAUGGCAGAAUCUGGCCCCAUCCCCUGCCCUGCCCAGGUACCAGUGCCAGGGAGGAGGUGGCAGGCGGUCACAAAGAAAACCUUAUUAUUCCCAUCUUUGAUGGGGAUCCAGGGUGGACAUGGAAGAUUUGUAUUCUCUGCCAAGAGUCAGUCACAAGAUGCGUCAAAGAACAUGCCCUUCUCCUUUGCGAUUAGCCCAGGGCUGGGCCCUCACUCAGAAGUCUCCUGGUCUGUGCCCUCUUCACCCCGGACAGCCUCAGGUUCAGGGCCUACCCCUCAGUGGCACAGCAUUUCAUAUAUUUGGUGCUUUCGUGUUAUAUUUUAUAGCCGUCCAGUAUACCUUCAUAACCUGUUGGGUGUAUUCAGUAUACCAGCCUAGCAUACCUGCGUAACUCCCUGUGUCUUGUCAGUAUUCCAUUUCCCGACCACGUGGCGGCCUGUUAUUACAGGUAUUUAACAGUGCAACCAAAUCAGAUAGAGUUUGAAAAAGGGAUGAGAGCUUUUUAACUCAAAGGGAGAGUGAUGUUUUUUAUGGGUUGUUUUUUUAAGGGCCAAGAGAGAGCUUUAAAUGCUUUGACCUAGUGACCUCUUCCCAUUUCUGGCUCAAGCGACCACUAGCAUUUUAAACCUAAUGCAACCAAAACAACUUUGGGACCUCUGAUUGCCUUCCCCAGCAGCUAGCCCCUCAUGCCCCAUCUCCUUGAAACUGCCAGCCUCCCAGCACAGUGGAGUGGAAAUGCUAUGGUGGGAGACGCUUCAAGCUCAACAGACUUCUUAGCUUUGUUGUCCCGGUCCCUGAUUUUUCAACUUGGUUAAUGGAUGUCUUGGGUAGGAGGUUAGGGAGAGGAAUGGGUUGGCUUGGCUGUUCCGUAAAGCAGCAAGAAGCCCCUUGUUUCUUCUCUGCAGGGUCCCCUUCCUCAAGAACACUAGGAGAGAGGUCUGGGUAAGCAGGAAAUUUCAGCUGACUGCAAGGGGGUUUUAUGACAAGGUUUAGGAUUGAGGUAGGGGUCUAGCCAGAGGACUGGGAGCUUAGUACCCCAAGAGAUUUGGGGGGCAGAUUCAGGGGAAUGAUACAGAGCCCUAAGAUCUUAGGUCGAUUAAUCGGUCGUGUUAAGUGCUUAUGGUAUGCAGGACACUGCCACACUGAGUACUUGGGAGAAUACAGUCGAGUUGGUAGACAAGUUGCCUGCCCUCAAGGACCAUACAGUUUAGAUUCUAUGGAGUUUGGCGUAUUGGGAAAGGGGGCUGGGUUUUAUUGAUUGAAGAAGAGCCUGAAAUUGAGGGGCUCAGAUUCCGGAGCCUCAUGGACUCCCUCAAGAUCUAACCUGUAGCUACCCCAACAGCUGUGAAACAAACCAAGGUUUUCUCUGUGCUCAGGAUGCCUCCCACUCGGCCGCCAUUUGCCCACCCAGUUGAGAAGGCAGCCUGGGAUUUCUAGUUUUGCUGGAUGCUGGGUCAGCCGAAUGAACCAAAAGAACUGAGGGCCCAGAACGGGAGAUGGAUUGGAGAAUACUUUUCCAUGGUGCAAUCUCCUGGCUGCCUGCCCACUACCAGAGGGGGCAACUCUGCCCAGACCCCAGAGCUGCCCACCUGGAUGUGCCCAGCCAGCCAGAGAGUGUGUAAAUUGAGGCACAUGUCCCCUUCUCCCUGCAACCAUGCCCAUCACUCCUUGGGAUGUUUUGUAGCAUGACCCUGCCCAGAGUGGCAGCAGGGAGAUCAGGGCAAGUUGGGUGAGAGGGUGUAGUAGGGACUGGGUCAUCACUGUCACUGGGUCAGAGUCUAGGGAUUGCCUGGUUCUCCUUGGGUUCUGGGCCCUGUCAUUGGUUUUGGGCUAUUCCCCACUUGGCCCUGGCAGUUGCUGCUUUCUGAAGCUAAAUCUGGGUGCUAUCCCUUUAGACUGUAAAUUCACUGUGGGCAGGAAAUGUGUCUGUUUAGUUAUAUUGUACUCUUUCAAGCACUUAAAACAGUGCUCUGCACAGAGUAAGCGUUCAAAUACAAUUGAUUUUCAUCUCCCUCAGGGUUCCCUGAAGAGAGUUUCUUUGCCCUGGAUUUCUGCGCCCUCAAGUUCCCUAAGGUGGGGGCAGGGGGAGAAGCCAGGGCUUCAGAGGGAUCUCUCCAGGAACACUUCCCCCACUUGGCUUGUGUGUCCUCAUACACACACACACACACACACACACACACACCCCAAUCUAUCUGCUUUAUCAACUUCAGCUAGGCUGCAGUCCUGCUGUGACCUGCAGAGGUUUGGGUUCAGGCCAAUCAGCCCCAGGUCCAGGACAUUUAACAUGCAUAUGAUCUACAGUACUGCUCCCGGAGGCCAGGACAUUCAGGGAAAAUGUGGGGGGUGGGGGAGAGAACAGAAACAGGCCAGAGGAGGAAAUGAUUCUUGUGAAAUAUUUAAGAUGGUUGUUUAUGGUUCUUAUGCUAAUUUAUACAAAAUGUAAAAGCUUUUUCUUUGAGAAAUUGCUCCCUUUUGGUAACUGUUGUUCACUCUGUUUGUAAAGAUUGUUCUGUGUAAAUACAUCUUUAUAAUAAAGAGUUAAAAUGAACCCUUAUUUUAUGAGGGGGAAA